AAUAAUAAACUCCAACCUUAAACCCUACUGGUACCUAAAGGAGCCCAGUAGAAGUGUCCAGUACUCGAUCUUCUGCAAUCACUCUCUCUCUCUCUCUCUCUCUCUCUCUCUCUAGUCUCAGUUACCGUGCGUGAAGAUGGCAAAGCGCUUGAUUCCGACAUUCAAUCGCAUAUUGGUGGAGAAAAUUAUCCCUCCUUCCAAAACCAACUCCGGUAUUCUUCUUCCUGAGAAAACCUCCAAGCUGAACUCUGGAAAAGUUGUUGCCGUGGGUCCUGGUGCUCGUGAUAAAGAUGGCAAGCUUAUUCCUGUUACUUUGAAGGAGGGAGAAACUGUCCUUUUGCCUGAAUACGGAGGCACUGAAGUGAAACUUGGUGAAAAAGAGUAUUUUCUGUAUCGAGAUGAAGAUAUAAUGGGAACCCUUCAUGAUUAAUUCAUAAUGUUCCAUCACAUAAGAGUUGAAACUAAUUCAGUUACUGUUUGUUUGUAUUUCUUAGAUUUUGGUUAUCAUUGGUUCCUAUCAUGCUUAGUUAAAGCUUGUAUCGAACUUGAAUGUUUUUAGUAUCCUUGAGGGAACCAGGUUGGAUAUUAUUUUGCUGCCCAGGAUGGAAAGGGCGAGCUUUUGUUACUCCCCCAUUUAAGGAAUCUUCAUAUUUAUCAUCAAUAAGUCGUUGUGUAUU